GAAAGAAAAGAAACUGUGAGAAAAAAAAGGGGAAAAAUCUCGUCUUUCUUCUUCUACUUCUCUCCUUCUGCUUCUUCCUUCAAAGAAACCCAAGAUUUCUUCGAUUUAAUUUGGUUCUUCCGAGCUUUCCUCCUCCUCCUCCUCCUCUCCCAUGUAAGGCUAGAGUUGGAGUUCUGUGAGACUACGACGACCUUCUUGUCUCCCUGCGAUUUCUGGCGACGUAUCCUUGGCUGCCCAACGCAGAUGAAGUCCCGCCGGAUAACCCUCGCCUCAUCCUCCUUGUCCUUCCUAGUCCUCCUCUUGGUCUCGAUCUCCGCCUCCGGUGGCGGCGGGGAUCUGGACGCUCGCCAGGCGGAGAGAUCCGCCCUUCUCCAGUUCAAGAGCUCCGUCCUGGCAGACCCCGCUGGUCUCCUCCACGUAUGGGGCUCCUCCGCGGACCACUGCUCCUGGCCCGGCGUUUCCUGCGACGGCCGAUCCCGAGUCGUCUCCCUUAACAUCUCCGCGAAAGGUGGCUCUUCCCCGCUCCCUUGCUCCCGAUCCGGUCCUUAUCGGCUGAGUUGCGGCGAUCCCGGCCGGAGGAUGGCCGGAAGGCUGAGCGCAGCCGUCGGGAGCCUAUCCGAGCUCAGGGUGCUCUCCUUGCCCUUCCAUGGUUUUGAUGGCGAGAUCCCUGACGAGAUCUGGGGUUUGGAGAAGCUGGAAGUGAUUGAUCUCGAAGGAAACUCGCUCUCGGGUGGCCUGCCCUCGCGUUUCCCUCGCCGGUUGCGUGAGCUAAGUCUGGCUUCCAAUUUGAUCAAAGGUGAGAUUCCUCCCUCCCUCUCGAGAUGUGUAGAUUUAGAAACCCUAGACCUCUCAGGCAACCAGAUCAACGGAACGAUUCCAGGAUUUCUUGGUGGUUUCUCCAAACUUGAAGAACUGUAUCUCGCUUUUAAUCGGCUUGAUGGGUCAAUUCCGGAUGAGAUUGGAGAUGGGUGCCGAAAUCUCCAAAUCUUGGACUUGUCUGGAAAUUCCUUGUUUGGAAGCAUUCCGUCCAAUUUAGGCAACUGCACCGAGUUGCGAGUCCUAUUGCUAUUCUCCAACCUUUUGGAUGGUCUCAUUCCUUCUGAUCUUGGUCGAUUGAAUAAGCUUCAAGUUUUGGAUGUCUCGAGGAACAGUUUGAGUGGAUUCGUACCUGAGGACCUAGGGAACUGCCUAGAAUUGACUGUCAUUGUUCUUCUUAAUCUUUAUGAUCCAAUUCCGGAGGAGGUAGCUUCGACUUCUGUUGAUAUAGAUGAAUUCAAUUGUUUCCAAGGGAGACUUGCUGAAAACAUCACUGUUCUGCCAAAGCUUAGGGUGCUUUGGGCCCCAAGGGCAAAAUUUCAAGGCAAGAUUCCUAGCAAUUGGGGUACCUGUGAGAACUUGGAAAUGGUUAAUUUGGGCCAGAAUCUUUUUACAGGACCAAUACCUAAAGCUUAUGGUCAGUGCAGAAAUCUUAGAUUUCUUGAUCUGAGCUCAAACAGUUUGACAGGUUGGCUUGAGGAGGAUCUUCCUGUGCCAUGUAUGGAUUUCUUUAAUGUCAGUGGAAAUCAGUUGUCUGCCUCCAUCCCAAGGUUUGCUUACAAGGAAUGCUUCUUAUAUCAGUUCCCUAGAGAUGACCUAUCCUCAGCUUAUUUUUCAUUUUUUGCGUAUAAGAGCCGCACAGGACUUAACUUGCCCAUAUUUGAAUCUGGUGGUGAAUCUGCUAUAUAUCAUAAUUUUGGAAAGAACAAUUUUACGGGUAGUCUACUUUCUUUACCAUUGGCCACUAAUGGGUAUGCUAACCAGACUGUUUAUGCAUUUUUGGCUAAUGACAACCACCUUUUUGGGUCGCUGAAUGGCAUUAUUGUAGAAAAGUGCAACAAAGUGAAUCAUUUGAUAAUCGACUUAAGCAACAACAUGGUGCGUGGUGGGUUUACACAAGAAAUAGGUACAACAUGCAGGUCUCUUGUGGUUCUGGAUGUUGCCAAUAAUCAGAUAUCGGGAACAAUCCCUGCAACUAUUGGGUUAUUGUGGAAUCUUGUUAGCCUGGAUCUAAGUAGGAAUCAGAUGCAGGGUGAGAUUCCUGCCACCAUUAAACAGUUAAAAAGCUUGACUUAUCUGUCGUUAUCUGAUAACAAUUUAAGUGGCCGCAUUCCUUCUGGCAUUGAUCAGUUGCAAUCACUGAAGGUUUUGGAUCUCUCAUCAAAUUCCCUUACAGGUGAUAUUCCUAGUGAUCUUGUGAAGAUGUCAAAUCUUACUACUCUGUUACUCAACAACAAUAAACUUUUUGGGAAUAUCCCUUCUGCUUUUGCUAAUGUGACAUCGCUUACUAAGUUCAAUGUUUCAUAUAAUAAUUUAUCUGGACCAUUGCCUUUAAAUGCCAGUACACUGAGAUGUGAUAGUGUCCUCGGCAACCCUUUACUCCAAUCUUGUCAUAUAUACUCUCUCUCUGUUCCGUCAUCUGAUUUGCAAGGGAGCAGCCAGAACUCGCAAUCAUAUUCUGAGUCACCACCAAACGGCUCACCAAAUGAUAUCAGUGGUGGUGGAUUUAGUUCUAUCGAAAUUGCUUCAAUCGCAUCAGCAUCAGCUAUAGUCUCAGUCCUCCUAGCUCUGAUAGUCCUCUAUAUUUACACAAGGAAGUGUGCACCUAGGUCCACCACUCGGUCUUCUGGAAGAAAAGAAGUGACUGUUUUUGUCGAUAUUGGGGUUCCUUUGAAUUAUGAGAGUGUUGUGCGAGCCACUGGGGGUUUCAAUGCAAGCAAUUGCAUUGGAAGUGGAGGUUUUGGGGCCACAUACAAGGCUGAGAUUUCACCAGGGGUCUUGGUGGCUAUAAAGAGGCUUGCAGUAGGGAGAUUUCAAGGUGCUCAACAGUUCCAUGCAGAGAUCAAAACACUUGGAAGAUGGCGGCAUCCUAAUCUUGUGACACUAAUAGGUUAUCACAUUAGUGACACUGAGAUGUUUUUGAUAUAUAAUUAUCUCCCUGGAGGUAAUUUGGAGAGAUUUAUACAAGAAAGGUCAAGAAGGCCUGUGGAUUGGAGGAUGCUUCACAAGAUUGCUUUGGACGUGGCGUGUGCACUUGCUUAUCUGCAUGACACAUGUGUGCCUCGUAUCCUCCACCGGGAUGUUAAACCUAGCAAUAUAUUGCUGGAUAAUGAAUUCAAUGCUUAUCUCUCUGACUUUGGACUGGCUAGGCUUCUAGGAAAUUCUGAGACCCAUGCAACCACUGGUGUCGCUGGAACAUUUGGUUAUGUUGCUCCUGAGUAUGCCAUGACGUGUCGUGUUUCUGAUAAAGCAGAUGUAUAUAGCUACGGUGUCGUACUGCUGGAAUUAAUUUCAGAUAAAAAAGCACUAGAUCCUUCCUUCUCUCCAUAUGGUAAUGGUUUCAACAUAGUUACUUGGGCAUGCAUGCUGCUGCAAAAAGGCCGGGCUCGUGAGUUUUUCACCGAGGGGCUCUGGGAUGUGGCUCCCCAUGAUGAUUUGGUAGAGACCCUACACUUGGGUGUCAAGUGUACUGUUGACUCACUGUCUAUUAGACCCACUAUGAAGCAAGUUGUUCAACGUUUGAAGGAAAUCCAACCUCCACAUUUUGGGCACAAUCAACAUACUUAGAGAGUCUCUACUUCAAAGAUGGGUCCUGCAUAAUAUGGGAGGGUAAUGGUGAUAUGAGACAUUCUCCACACUGAAGUAAUUGAGCUGUUUUAAGGUUGCAACACCAAGGAGUUUUGUCCAAAUGAUCUGAGAGUUCUUUGAAGGGACAAAUGUGGCCAUUUUCUUGCAUGUAGCAGCGUACAUAUCCUUUGUCAUGCUUUUACAGGUCAAUUUCCCUGAUAUCAGGUUUUGGUUCCUGUACUGAGAGAAGUUUUCUCUGUCGAAGAUGAAUGAGGAACUUCUCUAGGACCAUAGCCACAGUAUUUAAGUGGCUUGUAUCUUGGAAUGCACAAAGGAGACAAAGCCUAUUAUGCUUUUCCACAAAUCCAGUCAGGUCAGCAAGCUUUAUGUUGCUUAUGGAAGUCUUGGCUUAUUGCAGAUGGAUUCUGGAUUUAUCGUUCAAGUGGUUGUGCGGCAUGUCAAUCUCCGUAUCAGGUUUUGGCACAGAAGGCUACCUAGGUUGGUCUAAUGCUGCAGCAUCUGUUAAUAAUGAAACCAUGAUCUCAUUGAAAGACCAAAAGAAUCUUAAUGUAAGAAAAUCUCAUUGUAAGGGUGUAGAUCUUUCCUCCAUUUUGAUCCGGCAAGAAGUGUCAAUUUGAAAGUGCAAGUAUAGCUGCAUUUUUUAUCAUUAAGCUGAUGGUAUUAUAUUGCAACCAAGGCCUACCACAUCAAAUAUCGGGUUGGUCAAACUGAUACUUACCAUUGUACUCAUAGGUUCUUGACCAGUGUAUCAUUUUUUGGCGAUAUCCAUUGGUACAGAUCAAUAUAUCACCCAGUUUAUAAGAAUCAUAUCGACUGGUUCGAAACCAAGAUUGUAAACCUUGCUAUCACGCAGGGUUAUAAUUAACUGUAACUUCUGAUAACAAUUAGUUGAUUUGCUUUAAGUUUGAUUACCUUA